AUGUCUCUGCCUAAUAUCAGGAAUCUGAAGUGUCUCUCGCCGGUCAUGUGCCAGUGUAAGGUCAUCUGCAGCAACCGGACCCUGUCGCUCAUGUUCGGGUGUAAGAAGUACAGGUACCAGGAUGAGGAGACGCCCCCCUUGGAGCACAGUCCAGCACAUCUGGCUCCUGGGAAAAGUGCCGAAAUGCUACACAUGAGCGACAAGAACCUCGCCGCCAUGGAGGCCAUACAUGGCUACACGCCACAUACGCAUAUCUCUCCUGUCAAGCCAGUGUUGAUGUCUACAGGUCACACUCCAAUGUACACCUCUGCUGUUUCCACACUGGGAAAUAGUCCUCCUGUGGUGGUGAACACGGACACAUUAGAUGGAUCGCCAUAUGUGAAUGGAACGGAAGGGGAAAUCGAAUAUGAGGAAAUCACACUGGAAAGAGGAAACUCAGGCCUGGGUUUCAGCAUAGCAGGGGGAACUGAUAAUCCCCAUGUGGGCGACGACCCUAGCAUCUUUAUCACGAAAAUUAUACCCGGAGGAGCGGCAGCUCAGGACGGACGCCUCAGUGUGAAUGACUGCAUCCUCUUUGUGAAUGAUGUUGACGUGAGAGAGGUGACACACAGCCAGGCUGUGGAGGCUCUUAAGGAAGCAGGUGCUAUCGUCCGGCUCUACGUUCUCCGUCGGAAACCGGCGGCGGAGAAAAUCACUGAGCUUAAACUUAUCAAAGGGCCUAAAGGCCUUGGUUUCAGCAUUGCUGGAGGAGUGGGAAACCAGCACAUACCUGGAGAUAACAGCAUAUAUGUCACCAAAAUUAUAGAGGGCGGAGCAGCACAUAAAGAUGGACGUCUGCAGAUCGGGGAUAAGAUCUUAGCGGUAAACAACGUGUGUCUGGAAGACGUGAUGCAUGAAGAUGCAGUGGGAGCGCUGAAGAACACAGCCGAGGUGGUGUACCUCAGGGUGGCCAAGCCCAACAACCUGUUUCUGACCAACUCUUAUAAUCCUCCAGAUCUCACCAACACAUAUUCCCAUAUGGAUACCGAGCUUAGCCACCCCAACUAUCUUGGCUCAGAUUACCCACAAGCCCUCACUCCCACCUCACCAAGUCGUUUUUCACCUGUUCUGCAUGGCCUCAUGGGAGAUGACGACAUCCCUAGAGAACCUCGCAGGGUUCUGAUUCACCGAGGCUCCACGGGUCUGGGAUUCAAUAUUGUUGGAGGAGAGGACGGAGAGGGGAUUUUUAUCUCUUUCAUCCUAGCAGGAGGGCCAGCUGACCUCAGUGGAGAGCUACAUAAGGGCGAUCAGAUCCUCAGUGUGAACGGCGUGGACCUGCGAAUGGCCACGCACGAGCAGGCAGCCGCAGCUUUGAAGAACGCUGGCCAGACGGUGACAAUCAUUGCUCAGUAUAGACCAGACGAGUACAGUCGUUUUGAAGCUAAGAUCCACGACUUGAGGGAGCAGCUGAUGAACAGCAGCAUGGGCUCUGGGACGACUACGUUAAGAAGCAACCCAAAGAGGGGCUUCUACAUCAGGGCUCUGUUUGAUUAUGACAAGACAGCGGACUGUGGCUUCCUCAGUCAGGCGCUCGGCUUCAGGUUUGGUGACGUUCUCCAUGUGUUAGACUGCGGGGAUGAGGAAUGGUGGCAGGCGCGGAAGGUCAGCCCCCAGAACGAGGCGGAGGAGGUUGGCUUCAUUCCCAGCAAGCAUAGGGUGGAAAGAAAAGAAUGGUCGCGUGUCAACACCAAAGAGAGGGAUCACGGGCGAGACACUUUGGGAACACAAGGGAGAGAUAAAACAUCGCACAGUUAUGAGACCGUCACCCAAGUGGAAGUUCACUAUGCGAGGCCCAUCAUCAUUCUGGGUCCUGUGAAGGACAGGAUAAACGACGACCUUUUGUCUGAGUUCCCUGAUAAGUUCGGCUCGUGUGUUCCUCACACCACGCGGCCCAAACGUGAGUAUGAAGUGGAUGGGCGGGACUACCACUUUGUGUCUUCGAGGGAACAGAUGGAGAAAGACAUCCAGAGCCAUCGCUUCAUCGAAGCAGGCCAAUACAACAGUCAUCUGUAUGGCACCAGUGUCCAGAGUGUCCGUGAGGUGGCUGAACAGCAAGGGAAACACUGUAUUCUGGACGUGUCAGCCAACGCUGUACGACGACUACAAGCUGCUCAACUCCAUCCUAUUGCCAUCUUUGUGCGGCCCAAGUCAUUGGAGAAUGUCCUAGAGAUUAACACUCGCCUGACGGAAGAACAGGCCAGGAAAGGAAUGGACCGAGCCCUCAAGCUAGAACAGGACUUCAUCGAGUGUUUCUCAGCUGUCGUGGAAGGGGAUAGCUUUGAAGAGGUCUAUCACAAAGUAAAGACAGUGAUCGAGGAGCAAUCAGGGCCUUACAUUUGGAUUCCUACCCGAGAAAGGCUGUGA